UGUCUGUGAGAGAGAGAGAGCGAGAGAGAGAGAAAGAGAGAGGGAGAGAGAGAGAGAGAGAGAGAGAGAGAGGGAGAGAGAGAGAGAGAAAGAGAGAGAAACCAAGUGAGAUUUGUGGAGAGAGGAAGGCUAGACUUGUUUUUCUCGUUCUCGCAUAUCUCCAGAAGGAGGGACAGACUGGUGUAAACAGAGCAGGAUGUGACAGUAGACAGACAAGGCUGUUGGACUGGGCUGGAGGAAUACACGCAGACACACACCAAAAGAUGUCUGGGACACCACCCCCAGUACGUCCUAGGAAGCCAUCAGGUGUUAGAGUCAUGCCCCAUGAUGGUCAACUUCCUUCCCAUGGCUACGCAAAGGUGUUCAAAGUGAAUGGGGCCAGUAGUGAGCCAAAAUACACAUCUCGAGGACAUGCAGAGAGAGAGGUGGAGAUCCUAAACCACUGUUUUGAUGACGUGGAGCGCUUCAUGGGACGCCUGCAGCAGGCUGCUGAGGCUCAGAGCAUCCUCAACCAGACAAAGAGGAAGAGCAGAAAAAGCCAGAAGAAAGAGAAGCAGGAUGAUGAUUUGCUAACCCUGAAAGCCUGCCCUCCACCUGAGGAGGAGUUUGUUGACAUUUUUCAGAAAGUCAAGUACUCCUUCUGUCUGCUGGACCGCCUGAAGUCGUCCAUCACAGAGCCGUCUUCUGGGGAGCUGGUGCAUCACGUCUUUAUUCCCCUGGGCCUGAUGGUGAAGACUACUGAUGGGCCAAAGAUGGGGGCGACUGUGGUCAGUCCAGCCUUGACCAGUGGUGCUGUGUCUCUACUGCAGAAACACCUGACCGAUGAAGAGAAGGAGCUUUGGAGCUCCCUGGGGCCUAACUGGACCUUACACUGCUCCCAGCUUGUUGAGUCUGUCCCUCCAUACUCACCUGUCUUUCUGGAUGGAUGGCAGCCUGAGGCCUUUGACCCAGAAGGUCAACUUUGGGAGGACCCAAUCAAGUCACAGCACAAACAGGACGCUCUUCAAUACAGUGUAGAGGACCCUCCUGACCAGGCUGUGGAAGGACCCAGUUCAGUCCAGCACACUGAUGAAUCAGAUGGCAGUGAACUUCCACCUGAGGGCGAGAGAAUGUUCAGCUGCAGCUACGGCUUUGUUGCCAGGAACAGCAGUGAACUCUCCGUGCUGCAGGGAGAAACUCUGGAGGUGAUUGAGUCGUCAAAUCGUUGGUGGAAGUGCCGCAAUAACUUUGACCAGAUUGGGUUUGUUCCCUUCAACAUUCUGGAGCCUCUGUCUGCCCUCAACAACAACCAUAGGGAUAGCCCAGUGGCACUCAGACAGUCCAAGAAGGUGCCCUUCGCCCCUGCAAGGCACUUCUCCUACACCCCCUCCAGCAGAGAAGGGGCCAACUUCCCCGCCGUGCCCCGCCGUCCUCACAGCAUGUCCCCCUCCACCAUGACAGGGGGCGACAGAGACAAAGGCUUUACGGUGAACGAUGAGCUCCUCCAGCGGCUGGCCAACGGCAGGGCGGGCUCCAUCCGUCCCCUAGUGAUCCCCCGCACCACAGAUACCUCGGCCCCCCUGGACUACCACUCCCCUCCUGCGGAGGUAGAGGGCUGGCUGAGAGGGAAGGGCUUCACUGAGCCGACAGUAACACUUCUGACCACAUUACUCUGCCCUAUCUCUCUCUCCAUUCAGGACAGUAACACUUCUGACCACAUUACUCUGCCCUAUCUCUCUCUCCAUUCAGGACAGUAACACUUCUGACCCCCUUACUGUCCCUUAUCUCUCUCCAUUCAGUACAGUAACACUUCUGACCACCUUACUGUCCCUUAUCUCUCUCCAUUCAGGACAGUAACACUUCUGACCCCCUUACUGUCCCUUAUCUCUCUCCAUUCAGUACAGUAACACUUCUGACCACAUUACUCUGCCCUAUCUCUCUCUCCAUUCAGGACAGUAACACUUCUGACCACAUUACUCUGCCCUAUCUCUCUCUCCAUUCAGGACAAUAACACUUCUGACCCCCUUACUGUCCCAUAUCUCUCUCUCCAUUCAGUACAGUAACACUUCUGACCACCUUACUGUCCCUUAUCUCUCUCUCCAUUCAGGACAGUAACACUUCUGACCACAUUACUCUGCCCUAUCUCUCUCUCCAUUCAGGACAGUAACACUUCUGACCACCUUACUGUCCCAUAUCUCUCUCUCUCCAUUCAGUACAGUAACACUUCUGACCACAUUACUCUGCCCUAUCUCUCUCUCCAUUCAGGACAGUAACACUUCUGACCCCCUUACUGUCCCUUAUCUCUCUCCAUUCAGGACAGUAACACUUCUGACCACAUUACUCUGCCCCAUCUCUCUCUCCAUUCAGGACAAUAACACUUCUAACCACCUUACUGU